UGUUGUUUGCGUCACCUCGUACAGUCGUCCCUAUCAGUUUCGCGGCCUUUGGUCGCGCGCCCGUUAUACCCCGAGACGAGACAGUUUCACGUGGCGCCUGUUGAGAAAAGGGGCCUUCUCUGCGAAGUCCGUUAAUUUUUUUCUUGAUUUAUCCAUCCCAUGUUUUGCCUAUAUUCUCAUUCGGCAUUUCUUUGAUUUUCUCACAAGGUACGCCCUCGGCUUUCCUGCCUGUUUUUUUUCACCAAUACCGGUGUGCACGCCCGGAUCGAGCGCCGCAUCAACCUGCAAGCGGUGUCGCCACCACGGUCGGGUGACCUAUUGUCGUCGACAUCAUUUGCUCCCUCUCAGUCGUCAUCCGUUAUAACAUCGACACGGUCGACACCCAAGCCGAAACCCUUGGGUUUUCUCAUUCCUGCCCUGUUUCGGGAAAGCGGCCUACGAGGGACAACCAGCACAAGUUGCGACGAGGGGUCCCUUGUACAUCAUGGUCACUUUCUGAAGAUGAGAAGACCGCAUCUCAGAGAGUGACCCAAGAAAAAAAAGUAACUCGACUUUUCCCCAUGCAAAACAUGGGGCUGAGCAUCCCAUGUCUGGCGCGUGGUGCUGAAAAAAUGCUUCUCUCGCUUUUUUUAUGCGGACUGCCUUCGUCAGACAUGAACGUGACGCCGGACUUCGCUGCCCUGUCUGUACACCUCAACUUUUCGCUAGCCUUUCCUCCAGAGUUCGUGUCCGCUGCCGAGGCACAUUUUUGCUCAUGCACUCGAGAGAAACGUGUGCGUUUGAGCCCUCAACUUAUUCUCUGUACCUUGCUUCCCAUACCCAGACGUUGAUUUCUUGAGCGGAUUCACCGGAAAGUCGCGAGUUUCUGCGGUCUGACUCGAGCUCGAAAUUCUCCGCGGAAAGCACCGGCGCACUUCCUUUCGUGAAGACGAAAAAGCCGCUGAAAGGCGCCGCAUUCCCUACAACUACAAGCUGAACUGCCGAGAAACGCAGCGAGGCCAGCUAUACAGUGAAACGAACUACCUUUGUGUCGGCUAGUCGUUGGUUUUAUUCUCAUCUGUACGCAGGAUGGACGCCGCCCAUCGUGGAGGAAAGAGCCCAGUAGCUCUCCUCUCGAUUUCGUUUUUCGUCGCCGGCGGCAUUGGAUGUCGAGUCAGGAACUCGUCGGGCGUUCGAGGAAUUGCCAAGGUUGUGUAAAUACACGGUGUAUUUGCCCGUGAGUAUAUAAAGACAGACGGUCGUUGACACUGUAUCCGGAUAAACUAUGAGGGGUUUCUGGCUGAAGUGUCUCUUCGCCGAUGUGUCCUGUCGGCUACCUCGAGUCUCUCCUACUGAAGUGCUUGGACUUCUCCACGUGCCGGACGUCCGUCUGCAAGCCUGCUAAAGGAAUGCAAGAGGGUAUCCUAAAUGACCGUCUGUUUCACACAGCGACCCCCACAAAAACCGGAAACCCCCAAUGUCGGGGACGUUGAACCUUGAACUUCCUGACUUCAGAAAAGGGUACAUGUUUUUUCUGUCAAAAAAGACUUUCUGCGCAAGAGGCCCUCCGUCGAUUCCGCUACCCUUACGUGAGCCCCAUCGACCCACCCAUUCUUCCGACCUUCCGUCGUCGAGUUGGCUACGCAUGCAACGAGUGCCUCAACUACUGGAGCUAGAACCUAGCUUUUCUCUCCAGAGUAAAGACUUGAAUACACCCCGGAGAGAGGGAGACCGUCAAACGCUGAAGCGCGUUUCUGCUUUCGUUUCGCUGCCUUCGAGUCCUCGACGACUGCAGUUCCGCCCUUUCUGCGUGCGGCCUCCGUGAGCUCCUCUGGCUUCCUUCGGAGUCCUUUAAGUUGCUUUUUCCCUGUUAAUCCUGGCUUUGCUUCCACUUUCUCGUGCCCGCCAUGCCGCCAGAGGGCGGACGGCGCAGCCGAGAGCCGCGCCCGUCUUUCUCGGUUUCAUUCGCGUCCUGUCCUGCUCUGGAGGAACCGGAGAGAGGAGACACUCCAGGAUCCCCGGGCUCCGAGGAGAGAAGACAAGACGGCGCAACUGAAGCCUCUGACGAAGGAGAGAGACAGAGGGCCUUCCGAGACACCCUGCAGCUCUUCAACACUCCGCCCUCAGAGCGAACAGCGACAGACACGCAGUCUCACACAGGAAAGACGGCACGGAUUGGCUACUCACUUUCUGGAAUCAAAACGUCGACGCGUAUCUGUAAAUCGCAUCUAUCUGUCACUUUCCAACCGUUUUUUCUCCCUCCAUCUACAGCGCUGUAUCUGUCAGCCCACCACCUAUAUAUAUAUAUAUAUAUAUAUAUAUAUAUAUAUAUAUGCAUGCAAGUGCAUGCGUAUGUCGAGGUGUACGUCCGGCGGAUCCAAGAGCUGGGAAAAGGAAACAAAUUCUUCAAGGAGCUGGAUGCCGACAUCUGUUUUGAGGUUUGCCGCCACAUGAGCUACCUCGAAGUGGAAGAAAAUCGAGUUCUCUUUCACAAAGGAGACGCAGCGGAUAAGUGGUACCUCAUUCUGCGCGGCGCCGCCGGGGUGUACGUUAACGAGACAGCCAAGGAAGCCGGCGCCAUCGCAGCGGCACCUGACGAGGAGACAGGAGGGCCUCCUUCUCGAAGUUCCUUCUCAGCAGAGAGGCGAGUCUCCAUUGUGGGCUACAACGACGAAGCAGCAGAUGAAGACAGCGACCCUUCCUUGGAUUUCUCCCGUAUCGAUUUGGACAGUUGCGUGGCAGUGCUUGGAGUUGGCGAUUCAUUUGGAGAGCUAGGUCUAAUUCGAAACGACGUAAGAUCUGCAGCUCUGAUCACCAAGACUGCAUGCGCCUUCUUGACCCUGGACAAAGCGUCGUUCGACCAGUGCCUCAGGACCUCUCUCCAGAGAAAGACUGACGAGAAAGUGACUCGACUCCGCGCCGUCCUUCCCGGCGUUCGUGACCUGCGCAGACUCAUUGUGGAGCAAAUGAGUUACUUCUUUCAUCUCCAAACAUUCCCUAAAGACUUCGUUUUCGUGAAAGAGGGCGACCGCUCCGACGCUCUUUUUCUUCUUCUCGAGGGCGAGUGCGUUCUCCGACACCAUCGGAAACGCUUUCCAGGGGAUUUCGGGGCCUUCAGGGUUCUUCCUCCAUCGCCUCAGAUGCCUGCGGAGAAGCUGGAUGAAGCUAUUUCUCGAAUGGAAGCCCAGAUGACUGACGGAGCUCGGAGAGACAUGUGGCUUCCUGGGUCGACUCCUGCGUCCCAAAGCAUCGCCUCUUUGUCGGAGCACUGCGACGGCGUCGCCGGCGCGAUUUUCAAGUCCUCGCAGGUUGCGGGGUUGGUCGCUUCUCCGUCAAGAGGCCGUUCCGCCUCGGCCUCGGGCGCAGCUUUUCCGCGCGACUCUGCGCAGACCCGCUGUUCCUCUCGCGCCGGUUUCUCCUCAUCGCCUACGACGCGCGCGAGUGGCAGAGAUCCUUCUCCGGCGCAGACUUCCCGCACUCUGCAGGAGGAGCUCCACCCAACUGGCAGACGAAGAGAGCCACGAACUCCGCGCGCCGAGCGUCUGAACAUGGAGGAAGUGGACGUAGGGUUUCUUGCCCGCGGGGCCGUCGUCUGUGCUGCGUCUGUUCUCUUCGACCUCGAAGAACCUCUCACCGUCGCGGUUCGCUCCGCCACUGCUGUUGCCUUCAAAAUCGACAAAGCCGACCUGUACAGACACCUGCCCACCAAAGUCCAGGAUGCCCUUCGUCGAGUUAGCUACCUCUUUGCGCUUCACCUCCAUGCGCGGAUACAACAGCAGCGCGAACGGUUGAACCACCACGAGGGGUUUCAGAGCCUUCAAGGGAGUGGACUUGGAGCCUCCGAGGCGAGCUUGGGCCAGACACGAGGCCUCCCUUCUGUAGAGAGCCGCGUCGCGUCGCGUCUCGCUUCUGCCUCCGGUUCCUUCCUUAACUCCGCGUAUCGCCGCGAACGAUCGUGUCCACAAAGAGGUGGAGACGACGCAACUGGACCUCCGACGAGGUCGCAUCUCCUUCCUCUCGAAAGCUCUCCGUUUAUGAGCCCUCAGAAGCAGGCAGCUCUCCGCUCUCACCGACUGCCAUGCCGCGCCUUGACUGACCACUUUGACCGCUUCACACGAAGCUUGGCGGAGUUCCAGCCUCACAAGGCCCUGCUUCACCGUUCCCAGCUUCUCGCGGCUCUGCAAACUCUGCGUGAGUCUGGUGAGUCACGCGGACGAAGAGCGUCGCCUUUGUCGGCUCCGCCGCCGCCCUUCAACUCGCCCUCGUCCCCGGUGUGUGGACAACCCGCGCCGCCAGCAGUCAGCAGGCGAGAGUCGCGGUGCGCGGCUCCCUCUCCGGCUCUCUUUCCGGUUCGUGUGUCUCGAGAAGGAGGUACGCAUGCUGGCCAGAGGCCGCCGCGUCAGCCGUCCUCUUCGCCUUCUUCUCUCCCUGCGUCUCUCAGCCUCCUCUCGUCGAAGCGCAACAGCGUCUCGUGCCCCGCGCUCCUGGUUGCAGAUCAAAGGCUACGCUCAGACACGCGGCGGUCGUCUGCGGUUUCGGAGCCUUCGUCGCGGUCUCGCAUUUCGACUUCUCAGCUUCCGAAAGAACCUGCGACCGGCGCGCGGAACCUCCAAGAGGCAGCGGGGCCUGCGCAUGCAGCCGGAGGAGCGGACGCGCUCUCUGAGCUACAGAGGGAGAGCCCUUUGACCUCCAGGGAACCGGGACGCGGCUCCGACCUGGAGGGGGAUGAUGCCACUGCGGACAACCAGCUCCGCGCACAAUCUCUUCUCUCAGAGAUAACAAAGGACAGAGAGGCUGAGGAAAGUGUGAGAGGCAGGAAUCGUAACGACGACAAUGCGAAAGGCAAAGUGACGGCUGAAAGAGCAGAAGCUAACUCGAGAGUCGGGACCGAGGAAGGCCUCACGGAGGACGGGUGCGGCGCAUCUGAAACUUGUUUCUUUCCAUGCGAAAGGAAACGAAUCGCAGCCCUUCAAAGGGAGAACGAUCUCGACUCUUCUUCGCCCGCCUUUCUUGUCAUUUCCUCUCCUGGAGCGCACGUCGCUCCGCCCACACUCUCUGAUGCAUCUCUCGAGUAUUUCUUUACGGAAAUAAGUCGAGACGCAGUUGCCAUCAACGACCACUGGAGUUGCAGCAGCGCGUCUCCGACGAACAUCCGCAGAGCCGCGCCAGGGCGCAGCACAUUUGACAAUACAGGCGGCAGGCGCAAUCCAUUUUCUCUUCCGUUGUCCAGCAAGUCUCUCAACAGAGGCUCUCUCUACACGCGGAGCACCCCGAGUUUCCCUUCCUUCGGGGCGAGUUCCUCUGCUCCGACAAGGAAAGGUCCCGUACCGCGUCCGCCCAACGACCGCGGUCGCAGCCCCCGAAGGGCCUUUGGAGCCCAGUCAGCGGUCGCGAGACCACGCCCCCGGGAAGAGCCCGAGAGUGCGCUCGAAAGGGGAGCCCUGAGAGAGACUCGGAGUCUCCGGCUUUCCUUGCCUCUUGAGCCACCACGCGGGGGGACGGAUAUUCCCGCCCACCCGUCUCCGACAACUGCGGCAGCAGUCCGUCGCUCUCGACAUGCGCAGCAGCUGAAACUGGAGAAAAUGAUUCAAGAGGAGCAGGACAGUUUGGACGAACAGCUGCGGACAGAGAAGUCCCAGGCGACUGAGGCGGCUUCAAGGAUGACUUUGCAAGAUCCCUUGGCACUCGCCUCUGCGAGCAAGGCCGACGCGAACAGAGCCGCUUUAUAUCACGCUGGUCAGAGCGCCCCUCUGUCGACGGGGAACGCGGUGGAAGCCAAUGGAGAGAGAAACAUGCAUCUACCGGGCAAGGGGUUCAGCCACGGGGACCGCACCCAAACCGGUGUAACCCCUCAGAAUUCAGAUCCCAACUCCGAGCACACUUCCAGACGCGUCGCAGGCCUUCCAACUGCGAAUCCGCCGUCAGUGCUCAGCGAUUCGGUCGCUGCGGAAGUCGUUGCAGCAGCGUCGGCAGGUCUGGCUGCAGCUGUCGAGUUGGGUUUGAUGAUCAAACCGGAGCGAACUCACGUUCGACGCUGUAUCCCGCCAUCUCGGGUCGGAGCCGGUGUGUACCCCAACGAGACCGGUGCGAAAGGCUCCGUUCCUGCAGAGGGAGGAAAAGCUGCCCGCGGUGUCACUUAUGCUGCGCCUGAGCUUGGUUGUUCUGGCCCACACUUCCGGAGAAAACCGGAACAUUCGUGGGAUGCCUCCACACGAAUCCCUAGUGCACCCGCGGUAGACAUCCGAUACUCUACGCGAGUCCGGUCGCCAGUCCAAGGCACAGAGGACAUGGCCGCCGAUUCUCCCGAUCGUUUGACAAUUCGGAGACCGACAAUUCCGCGACUCGACACGGAGUUGUUGUACCAAUCGUUUGCAGGCAGUCGUCCAACAUUCCACGGCGGAAGCGAGGGGGUCGAAGGGGUACAAAAACAAUCGCCAGGUGGGCCCGCGACGGCCCUCGGCUGGAGAGGCAAUUCCGGAACGACGACCACUUUUGGACCUGCUGCCGUGGGCAAGCGAAGUUCUUGGUUGUUGCUCAUGGGUGUACCAGAGGACAGAGAUUCGGCGCGCUUGUUAGGUGAAGCCUUAACAACCACUGGGGGUCUCCCACGUCGAGCUGGCGGUGUCGGUGGCGACCGCGGCGUUUCCCUCAGAGGUGUCGCUGCCAGCAGUCAGGAGUUGGCAGCAAGACGGGAGGCUCCUCGUAACGGCACAGAUGCUUCGGACCUCGACUGGGAUCUUUCGUUGCAGCUCCCAAGAAAUGCUAGUCCGACAGCAACCCGACAGAUGGUUCGUCAGGUUUAUGGAAAAAAAAUUCAGGAGCACUUGCAGAAACAGAAACGAGGGUCACUGCAGUAGUGAGCUGUAUCUUCUGCGGGGUUUUAAAGGUGUAGAAACCUUCAGAAGAAAAAUUCGGUUUCCAGGGCUCAGGCGCCAGGGGGUCGACUGCUUCUAUCUUCAUCGUGACGCCUUCUUGUCUAGUCAAGGCAGGGUGAUGACCCUCCUCCAGGUAGGGUUGGCAGAUGAAAUAAAGCAUCGUGUCUAUUUCCUGUCUUUUCUUCUUCGCCUCUUCUACUUGUUUGUCUCUGCGUCCCUGUAUGUAGGUAUAUCUGCGUGCAGCUCUUACAUGUGUACUCUGACUGACGCCUGCGUACGUACGCUGUGUCGCGGUCGGGCUAUCAUAUGCUUUAGUGUACCAAUUAAGUGACUCUUGCGAAGGCAAUGCUGAUCCUUAUGACCGUAUGAGACGGUGCAUUGUUAUUUCACUUGAGUAAUAUUAUUUGCAAACCUACUGUACGUGGAUACGUAUGGAUGUGGGUGUUGCGGCAUUGUUGUACGGUUUAUCACAAGUACAGUGGGCACUUGCGUGGGAUCUUUCAUGAAUGCCGUCACUUUUGCAGAGACUAUGUUGCUCACAUAAUAGACUCCGACCAUCGGUCUUCUUUUCAUAAAAGUACUUCGUAUAGUCUCGUAAAGCACUUCUUGUAACUUGAAAGUGCGACACUAGGCCUCAAUAACGGCUCUCGAACGUCUAGCAUCUCGAUAAGAGCAGAUAUGUACUCGGC